UCCAGGGGAAACCAUGACAGUCCGCACAGACGCAUGCUCUGAAUCCGAGCUGCCGACUCCUCUCCCGCAGUGACCCCCGCGUCCCCGAGGAGCAAGCCGAGCGGAGGAGCCCGGAGAGCGGACACUUCAUCGUGGAGCUCGGCGGCGGCGGAGGAGGCUACGGUUCUAUUUGGUUUGAAUCCCAGCGAGGACAGGAGGAAGUUUCCCCCCCCCUGCACACAGCGACAGCCGCUCGGGGGGCUGCCAAACAACAAGCAUCCUCCAGUGUCAGCAGCAGCAGCAGCAGCUGGAGAUCCCUGUCCUCUCUGCUGAUCCCUGCCUGGGGAUCGAUGCUCAGACUACACACCCGGUCAACAAUGUCUGCGAACCUCCUGCCUGAUCGCCCAGUCUACAUUCCCGAUUUGGUUUUUGACACCUUGCAACAAAAGCCCCUCACCAAAACCCCCUGACCAUCAGUGUCUUUGGGCGUCGGCUUCUCACUGGUUUCUACUUCCUGGCAUCUGCAGCCGUUCAACGCUCUUUCAUCUUUCGACAGCGGCAGGAUGCGCUAGUGUUUCGAGACUUCUUUCAACAAGGGAAGCACUGAAAUCCCUUAGCACUUCUAGCAGUGGACUUUAACCUCUGACCUCACCCUGGAAAAAGACAGCAGGCAAAAAAAGACGACUUCACACUCCCUAUCACAGUCGUAAUCACAGAUAGGAGCUUCAGGCUCAGGCCGGGCCCCCUUCCCUUCCACCACUCCCCCCAGUACCAUGCUGGGUGGACUCCUGCGCAGGAACAUGUCCCAGAAGUUGAGUGUGCUGCUGAUGGUGUUUGGCCUGGUGUGGGGCUUCAUGCUGCUGCGCUACACCGUUCAGCAGCCGCGACAUCAGAGCAGCGCCGAGCUCCGCGAGCAGAUCCUGGAGCUCAGUCGGCGGUACGUCAAGGUCCUGACGGAGGAGAACCAGAACGCACUGGGCGGACCCCAGGGGACCUCCAUGGCUGGUUAUGCUGAUUUGAAGAGGACUAUAGCUGUGUUGCUGGAUGACAUCCUGACCCGGCUGAUCAAACUGGAGGGGAAAAUCGAAGCGGUGGCCAAUGCCUCCUCUACAAACACUUCCCACACAGCAGGGGGCGUCCUUGCCUCCAGCCACCCGGGGACGUCCCGCCUCCACCCACCCGCCCCUAAACGGCCUCGACCACAUCGAGGAGCAUAGCUUUGAUUGGCUGUUGGAGUUUCUGUUUUUAGCACGUCACUCUUUUCCAGCAUUUAUCAUUGAUGUUACAUCCUCAGGCAAAUGAAAAGCAAUAGACAGACAUACGGACAUCCAGAAAAGACUGCUGCUGGGAUGCUUAUCUGAAAUGUUCAGCCACCUCAGAGGGAACACGGAGAACUUUUCCAUGCUCUGUCCUAUCAUAUGCUGAUAUUUAUUAUUUUUGUUACCAAGAUUAUCCAUUGCAUUUUUAUAUUUUAUUCGCUGAUUUUAUUCAGCUUAAAUUCUAGCAUUUUUUUUAAUAAUGCCAUAAAUGAAUCUUGUGACUGUUUAAGAGAUGUAAACUCACUCCGAUUUGAAAUGGAAUCAUGAAAAAUGGCUUAAAUAGUUCUUCUGUUUAAAUUGUAAGAAGACAUUUUACAAUACUGCUUCAACGUAUCAGAAUGCUGAACUAAACAGUACGAUAGUUAGGAAUGGCAACAUUUCACUUAUUUGCUGGUGCUGUUGCUAAAUACUGUGUGAAGAAGAUUCUUCUUUCAGCUUACACAUGUGGGGAUUUUUAAGGAUAAUGAAACUGGGUGAUUCAGCUGUUUGAGAUAAUCCAAAGAAUGUAAUUUGCACUCCAUCUGAAUGCAGUGUAAAUUAGAAUUUACAAGUGCUGCGAGACAAUGCUGGGUUAUUGCCCCAUACGAUCGGACGACGCCCAUUUGCCGCUGUGAAUUCGUCUCAGCUGUGAUGCAGUGGGUGAGAGAUGUUUGAAUUCACAUGCAAAACAGAUUGAUUGUACCGCGUGGUCCGUAUUUAGCCUUGUAGUGCUCUUAAAAUGACCUACUGCUUACACAUGUUCAGGGUUCAUGUUGCACUGUGACUCUAGAUGUUUUCUAAAAAUACUUGUCUCAUCAACUUUGACUUUAGGUAUAUUUUAAGUUCUGAAAUAUUCAUUUUUCCAGCUGCCCCCCUGAGUCUGGUUUCUAAAAUACUGACAAACCACAGCUGUGUAGCAGAGCAGUAGAAAGUCUUUGAAGUUCUCAUCCUGAUGCUCUUUAACAUGAUGACUUUGUCCGGCAACGGAAGGAGCAAUACUCUCAAUGAUGAUACUUGAGGAUUGUAUGUGGACGGAAUUCUAAUUAUGAAGAAAAUAUAAUUAAAACAUAAACUAAUUGUCAUUAUCGCUUCAUCUUUUUGCUGCCAUAUUUAAAUGUUAACAGUAUGUUUAUUUGUUGGCUGUUUUAUUUUGUAUUUUUAUCGGUUUGAUUUACCCUGAAUUACACUGAGUGAUAACACAAUUGUUUGCUUCGUGAUGAGCCAGUCAGCUGCUUGGAGAUCGCCUUACUAAUAAAUUGACCUCAUGGAAAACAG